CCGCUCCGGAGCGGGCAGAGCCCUCGCCAUGGAUCCCGGUGUGAGCCUCGACCUGCAGCCCCGCGACGGCGGCAAGAUGGGGCAGGGCGCCUCGGCUCCCCCGUACUCCUACCCCUACACCGGCCUCGGGCAGAGCGGCCCCGGGCAGAGCGGCCCCGGGGAGGAGCCGCCCCGCGACUUCGUGCUCUGGUCGCUCUUCAACACCGUCUUCUGCAACGUCUGCUGCCUCGGCUUCAUGGCUCUGGUCUUCUCCUUCAAGGCCAGAGAUCGCAAAGUUCUGGGUGACGCCAAUGGAGCAGGAAGCUAUGGCAAGACUGCCAAGUGCCUGAACAUCGCGGUCCUGGUACUGAGCAUCUUGACAGUGAUUCUGAUCAUUGUCCUCGUGGCAACAGGAGCUGUGGCCGUCUCGCAAACAAUUCAACAGGGGAACCAAAACAAGAACAACUAUGGCUUUAACUAUGGCAACUAAACCACCCCUCAGGAUUCUCCCCAGCUGGAUGACUUCUCCGCAAGUUCCCUUACUCUGCUCUGCUUGCCUUUGUCCUGCUGUUUAAAUUGUCAAGGGCUGGAGUGCUCAGUUACUGAGUGGAUGAAGGGGCAGCGCUCUCCUGAUGCUCCAGUUGUUCUGGAGGGGUCACUAUAGUGACGGGGUGGGGUGGGGGGGGAGGUUUCUCACAUUGCUCUGUUUUCCCCAUCCCAAAAGCAGACUGCGUGGCUUUCAAAGCCCUCCGAGAUCCUGCAGUUUUUGAGGAGGGUCAAUGUUGUUCGUCUUGUGAUUAUUCAGAAUUUUCUCUUUAGAGAAUUAUUUUUGUAGAGCUCUUCUUGGCAGAAAUGUGUGGGGACUAUUUUCAAAUAAAUGUUUUUUUCCCUCUUGUAA